AGAACUUCUAAGAGAGAGUUUGGAAGAAGAAGAGAAAUUUUACUAGAAUUUUUAGGUUGAAGAAGAGGAGGAGAACUCAAGCAAAGUGUAUCAAUGGCUGAAUUUUAGUUCAUUCUGCACAUCACUGGUUUUUAAUUCGGUUUGAACUCUUCAAAAGGAAUUAAGAGGGCAGUUUGUUUUCACUCCAAAUCAGGAGGUCUCUGGUUUUUCUUGUAUUUCAGAGUGUAUCGGUGGAGUUAGAAUCUCUAUUUGGUAUGGUUGGAAAGCUUAUUCAAUUUACUACUACUUUCAUGAAAUACAGGAGUCAUGCCACCACGUACUGGUAGACGACGUCGGCAGAAUCAGGACGGGAUGCAAGGUCCUACCCAAGGUCCAUCUGUAGGGGAAUCUAGUACCCUAGGAGUUCGAGGUGGUGCAGGAAACAAGCAGUUUGCGAGAACAACACAGGAAAUAGGAAGUCCAGAUAGAGCAGAGCCUAGUGAUCCAGAAAAGGCAUAUGGAAUUGAACGGCUGAAGAAGUUAGGGCUACAGUGUUUGAAGGUUCCACAGAUCCAGCUGAUACAGAGAACUGGUUGAAUAUGCUUGAAAAGUGUUUUGAUGUGAUGAAUUGUCCUGAGGAGCGAAAGGUUAGAUUGGCCACAUUUUUGUUGCAAAAAGAGGCUGAAGGAUGGUGGAAAUCUAUAUUAGCAAGACGCAGUGAUGCACGUGUUUUAGACUGGCAGACUUUUAGAGGCAUAUUCGAAGAUAAGUAUUAUCCCAGCACAUACUGCGAAGCCAAGAGGGAUGAAUUUCUGGGGUUGAAACAAGGAUCACUUUCAGUGGCUAAGUAUGAGAGGAAGUAUACCGAGCUUUCACGGUAUGCUGACGUUAUUGUAGCUUCUGAGAGUGACAGGUGUCGAAGGUUUGAAAGAGGGUUGCGUUUUGAAAUACGUACCCCAGUUACAGCCAUUCCUAAGUGGACGAAUUUCUCUCAGUUAGUGGAGACUGCCCUUCGUGUGGAGCAGAGUAUAACAGAAGAGAAAUCGGCAGUGGAGCUUAGUCGUGGGACUUCAACAGCUAGUGGAUUUAGAGGCCGUGAGCAGCGGAGGUUCACGCCUGGGAUAAAUAUUUCAAGCCGUAAAGAUUAUAAGAAUCGCUCUAGAGGCCAAGCAUCGAGGAACGUGAGUUAUGGUAGUGUUUUUCAGAGACAGAGCCAUAGAAUACCUAGUCAACCCAUUAGACCAACAGUAAGAUCGCAACAAGGUCAGGAGUCUAUUGCUAGUAUCGUCAGGCGAACACCAUGCACGAGUUGUGGCAGGAACCAUCGGGGUCAGUGUUUGGUAGGUGCCGGUGUAUGUUACCAGUGCGGACAGCCAGGACAUUUCAAGAAAGAUUGUCCGCAGUUGAACAUGAUAGUUCAGAGAGAUCAGGGAGUUGGGUCCGAGACAGUUGAGGAAUCGAGAGUUUCAGUGGUUCCAACAGAGGGCACCAGUGGUGCAAGGCAAAAGGGAGUUGUUGGAAGACCGAGGCAACAGGGAAAAGUCUAUGUUAUGAAUCAACAAGAAGCGGAGGACGCACCAAACGUUAUUACUGGUAGAGAUCGAGUUCCCGGUGCCUGAUAGACUGCCUUAGUCUGCGGAAGCUUCAUUAUCGAUUGCCAGAGUCAUGCCACCACGUACUGGUAGACGACGUCGGCAGAAUCAGGACGGGAUGCAAGGUCCUACCCAAGGUCCAUCUGUAGGGGAAUCUAGUACCCUAGGAGUUCGAGGUGGUGCAGGAAACAAGCAGUUUGCGAGAACAACACAGGAAAUAGGAAGUCCAGAUAGAGCAGAGCCUAGUGAUCCAGAAAAGGCAUAUGGAAUUGAACGGCUGAAGAAGUUAGGGGCUACAGUGUUUGAAGGUUCCACAGAUCCAGCUGAUGCAGAGAACUGGUUGAAUAUGCUUGAAAAGUGUUUUGAUGUGAUGAAUCGUCCUGAGGAGCGAAAGGUUAGAUUGGCCACAUUUUUGUUGCAAAAAGAGGCUGAAGGAUGGUGGAAAUCUAUAUUAGCAAGACGCAGUGAUGCACGUGUUUUAGACUGGCAGACUUUUAGAGGCAUAUUCGAAGAUAAGUAUUAUCCCAGCACAUACUGCGAAGCCAAGAGGGAUGAAUUUCUGGGGUUGAAACAAGGAUCACUUUCAGUGGCUAAGUAUGAGAGGAAGUAUACCGAGCUUUCACGGUAUGCUGACGUUAUUGUAGCUUCUGAGAGUGACAGGUGUCGAAGGUUUGAAAGAGGGUUGCGUUUUGAAAUACGUACCCCAGUUACAGCCAUUCCUAAGUGGACGAAUUUCUCUCAGUUAGUGGAGACUGCCCUUCGUGUGGAGCAGAGUAUAACAGAAGAGAAAUCGACAGUGGAGCUUAGUCGUGGGACUUCAACAGCUAGUGGAUUUAGAGGCCGUGAGCAGCGGAGGUUCACGCCUGGGAUAAAUAUUUCAAGCCGUCAAGAUUUUAAGAAUCGCUCUGGAGGCCAAGCAUCGAGGAACGUGAGUUAUGGUAGUGUUUUUCAGAGACAGAGCCAUAGAAUACCUAGUCAACCCAUUAGAUCAACAGUAAGAUCGCAACAAGGUCAGGAGUCUAUUGCUAGUAUCGUCAGGCGAACACCAUGCACGAGUUGUGGCAGGAACCAUCGGGGUCAGUGUUUGGUAGGUGCCGGUGUAUGUUACCAGUGCGGACAGCCAGGACAUUUCAAGAAAGAUUGUCCGCAGUUGAACAUGAUAGUUCAGAGAGAUCAGGGAGUUGGGUCCGAGACAGUUAAGGAAUCGAGAGUUUCAGUGGUUCCAACAGAGGGCACCAGUGGUGCAAGGCAAAAGGGAGUUGUUGGAAGACCGAGGCAACAGGGAAAAGUCUAUGUUAUGAAUCAACAAGAAGCGGAGGACGCACCAAACGUUAUUACUGGUAGAGAUCGAGUUCCCGGUGCCUGAUAGACUGCCUUAGUCUGCGGAAGCUUCAUUAUCGAUUGCCAGUACGUGUUUUGAGUUGGGCAUAGAGUCUGUUGUGUUGUGAUGUAUAUACACCCUUGUAUGUUAUAGAUACUCCACAGUUUGUAUUAGCUUUAGGAGCUGUAGUUGUGUAAGUUUUGUUGGUUAUAUUUUGAUUAAAGUGUCUUUAGGUUUACUUGUGAAAUCGGUAAAUUUUGAGAUACACUUCAUGUAUGUGUUUGACUAGCUGUGUUUGACUAGCCUAGGAUCUGCUGUGUUUUGUGGCAUGUACAAUAGUUUAUAUACUAGAUUGGCAAGUUUAUCACAUGAAAGUUUUAAGCAGAGUCGACAGAUACAGGUACAGAAAAGCGUUGUUUGUCGGCUUCACGCCAUCUUUCGGUCUAAGGUAGCAGGUAGUCCGGGAGGGGGUGUGACAUUAAAUAUACACCAUUCUUUACCAACACACGAGAAAACAACUUUUUUCUUUGCACAUACCCUAUGUGUAUAUAUUCACUAUUUCUAUCACGUCCCAAUCAAUACCAAUACAAGACAAAAGGUAUAAAGCCUCAUACUCUUGUCUCUUCCUUUGUGUUUCAACCAACGCCUUAAAAAUGGGCUCAUCUCCAACACUUGCACUAUCUUUGCUAAUUUUCUUUUUAUGUAACUUACGUGCAAUUCAAGGAUCGAUCUUCAUCCAACCAGUAACUACAGUUGUAAUCGUCAACCAAAUUGAAUAUGGCAUUCCUGUCACCGUUCACUGCAAAUCCAAGAACGAUGACCUAGGAGUCCAUGUCCUUCCGCUUGGACAAGGCUACUCGUUCAAGUUCAGACCCAACCUCGUGGGGACGACAUUGUUUUUCUGCAGCUUCACAUGGACUGGACAACACCAAAUCUACUGGUUCAAUAUCUUUGACGACAAAAGGGAUGCAGGGAAAUGCACCACAUGCAGAUGGAUCAUUCAUGAAUAUAGCAUGUGCUUGCAAGACCCGACAAACCCUGGCAAAGAUAUAUGCUAUAACUACGGAGAUAAGGAGCCAAGCAUUGUGUAAUGAAAUAUUUUGACAUUAUAUCUUUUUCAUGCAGUUGUUUCCAAGUGUUUAAAUUCCAUCUCAGUCCACUAUAAUGAAAUGAUAUAAAAAAAAAGACAAGUAUAUAAGUUCGCCCUUUC